AUGCCCAUCGAGUACAUCUGGACGGUGUCGGCUGGAGGCGUCCCGUGCAGAAUCCCCGCUCUCCAGGACCCGAGUAAACUCGAUAUCCUCUUCUGAAUCCCUCGUUUUUCCGUUCAGGAUGCGUGAGCGAGACCGAUUGGCAGGAGAUUCCGUGCUCCGACGGAGCCUCCGUCCGCACGAUCGUCGCUUCUCCGACAGCCGCAUUCGCAAUUGAUCGGGCCGGAAGAGUGCUGAUUCUGGUGCUGCCGACGCACAUCGCAAUCAGGGAACGCGUGGAAAUCUACGCGAAUCAGGUGGGAAAUAAUCCAAAUGCUCAGAAAUCGAUAGUUUCUAUUGCAGAGGUGGUGUCUCAAGUGGUUCAGCACUCUCCUGAUCGACCGACCGCGGUUCUCGGACGAAAGCGGACGGAUAUCCACGGAUCCGUCGUUCAAUGAAAUUUCGCCUGGCUGGAGUUGGGAGGAACCGUGGGGGACUCAUCUUGACCCGCGCCACUUUGACGCCGAGGUAUUCGCAUUCGAACAGCCUUUGAAGAGUCCGGAAAUGACUUCAGGGAUGGCAGUAUGCGUACUUCUUUCUGAAUGCCAAAUGGGAAAAACGGUGCGGAAAGUUUCAUCAAGUACGGAGGAAGUUGUUGAAAAGACACAUGAGGUACACAGCGCACGAUCAGUGGGUCGAGAUGUCGAAUGAGAACUCGCGGAUGUUCACCGAACUGGCGAUCGGAGGAGUGGACGUGCUGCCGGAAGGCGAAAGCCUGCUCUUCGCACUCGGAACCGACGGAAACAUAUAUCGGAGGGAAGGCAUUCGAACCAAUCGGCCCAGUGGAUCGGGAUGGGAACAAGUGCCCCGGAUCCAACUGAAGGACUCGGAAGUCGACGACGUCACUCUGAUCUCCGUCUCUCCCUCCCUGGCCACUCUCCUCUGUAUCACUUGGGACGGCAAAAUGUACUAUCGGAGGGGAAUUUCUAUUCGGACGCCGUGCGGAGUGACGUGGCAGAACUUGCCGACUCCACGGAACAAAGCAGUCAUUUUCGCGGCAAUCGGAACACGGACCAUGUGGUGCAUCACGGCCGACGGAUGCGUUCGUUUCGUCAUUUCUGAUCAAUUUCUGCAAAUAAUUGAUUUAGGUUUGGUUCAUUCGGAUUGAAAUCGAUGAGAAACGAAGGGAACAUUGA